CACCACGCCCGGCUUUUUCAGCGUUUACUUUAGAGUCAAUCUUGCUAGGUAGCGCUGGUUGGGUUGGUAUUAUAUCGUCCACUCCUACGUCAAACUCCCGCCAGCUCUCCUGGCUCAGCCUCCGGGGUGCUCCACACUGGGUGUCCCCCGUGCCGGGUCAGCUGUCACUGAGCCACAGCCCAGCCCAUCAGAAGAGUGUCCCGCCAUCGGUGGAUCUGAACAAAUGGUUUCGGCCCAAGAGCGGCUGACCAUAGCUGGAGGGACCGACCGGUCGGUCCCAGAGUUCGCACUCCAGAAACGGACGCCGGAGUCCUAGACGCGGUGUUCCCGCGAGAGUUGACACCAAGCAAUCAUGUGACAGUCCAAGAUGGCGAUGCCCAGGGAGGCGGACGAAGAGUCGCCCGUGUACCUGGUGGUGAGUGGUAUCCCCCCUGAGUUACGCUCGGCCCAGCUACGGAGCUACUUUAGCCAGUUCCGGGAGCAGCGCGGCGGCGGCUUCCUGUGUUUCCACUACCGACAUCGGCCGGAGAGGGGCCCUCCGCAGGCGGCGGCGGCGGCGGCUCCCGACGCGGCCCGAGCUGCCCCCGACCCUGCUGCUGAGCAUCCGCUUCUCGCCCAGAACACAGACCCCGAAGCCCGCGCUGUCCCCUCCCGGGACUCGGCUCCCGUGCCGACCCGCACCUGCUGCUGCAUCGUCUCGGUGCGGGGAGUGGCCCAAGCUCAGCGGCUGCUUCGCAUGUACUCGGGCCGCCGGUGGCUGGACUCUCAGGGGACCUGGCUCCCCGGUCGUUGUCUCAUCCGCAGGCUUAGGCUGCCCACUGAGGCUUCAGAUCUAGGGCCCUUUCCCUUUAAGACCCGGAAGGAACUCCAGAGUCGCAAGGCAGACAAUGAAGCUUUUACCCUGGCUGACCUGAGGCAGCUACCCGAGCUGAAUCCACCGGUGCUGAUGCCCAAUGGGAACGUGGGCACGCCCCUGCGGGUCUUUUUGGACUUGAUCCGGGCCUGCCGGCUUCCACCUCGAAUCAUCACCCAGCUGCAGCUCCAAUUUCCCAAGACAGGCUCCUCCCGGCGCUAUGGCAAUGUGCCCUUCGAGUACGAGGACUCCGAGACCGUGGAGCAGGAAGAACAGGUGUACACCGCCGAGGGGGAGGAAAUCCCCCAGGGAACCUACUUGGAAGAGCCACCAGCCAGCCUCUUGGAUGAGCCUGAGGAUGAAGAGCAGCGAGAGGAAGAGUCUCACUCCGACGAUGAUGAUGACCAGUGUGAGGAGUGGGAGCGUCAUGAAGCCCUGCAUGAGGACGUGACCAGGCAGGAGCGGACCACCGAGCGGCUCUUCGAGGAGGAGAUUGAGCUCAAGUGGGAGAAGGGCGGCUCUGGCCUGGUGUUCUACACCGACGCUCAGUUCUGGCAGGAGGAGGAAGGAGAUUUUGAUGAGCAGACGGCCGAUGACUGGGACGUGGACAUGAGUGUCUACUACGACAAAGAUGGUGGAGACAAAGAUGCCCGUGACUCUAUCCAAAUGCGCUUGGAACAGAGACUCCGUGAUGGCCAGGAAGAUGGAUCUGUGAUAGGACGCCAUGUGGGCACCUUUGAGCGCCACACCAAGGGCAUUGGCCGGAAGGUGAUGGAGCGCCAGGGCUGGGCUGAAGGCCAGGGCCUGGGUAGUAGGUGCUCCGGGGUGCCUGAGGCCCUGGAUGGUGAUGGCCAGCACCCCAGAUGCAAACGUGGAUUGGGGUACCAUGGAGAGAAACUACAGCCAUUUGGGCAACUGAAGAGGCCCCGAGGAACUGGCUUGGGACUCAUUUCCACAAUCUAUGAUGAGCCUCUUCCCCAAGACAGGACGGAGUCCUUGCUCCGACGCCAGCCACCCACCAGCAUGAAGUUUCGGACAGAUGUGACUUUUGUGAGGGGUUCCAGCUGUGCCUUGGACAGGUCCUCGGAGCCUGAGUGAAACUGCGUCCUUGGUCAGGGUCACUCAGCUCCAGGAAAACAGCCUGGGUCUUGCCUUGUGGAUCCACCUCUGAAGCAGCCAAGAGCCUAGGAGAUGGCACAGUAGACUCACGUACUCAGAGCUGAUGAGCAUGCCUGCCGCUUCUCUACCUCAAAGAUGAUUUCACAAAAAUCCCUCCUUCUGGGGGGGGGGGCGGGUCUCCGAACCCUAGGCCUUGUUUGGGCUCACCUCCGAGAUCUGGACUGCCUGUGGCACAUCCAAGUCGGUUUUGGGGGGUCUGAAGGAGGGCGUCACGAGACCAGAACAAGAAAAGGGACCAGAGAAGAACGGAUCCGGAGGGUCGGGCGGUCCCUCCACCUCCACCCUUAGGCUGGGGGCGGGUCUGCGCGAGAAUAAACGAGUUUAGGACUGGA